AUGCAGGGCAUAAUAGCUCCAAUAAUAUAUUUCUUGGCCGCCAACUGGCUCCCAGUCCUCGUCGCUGCUACAGCAGCAUGGCUGGCCAAGAACCGCUACCAAAAAGGGCUGCACAAGUACCCGGGGCCGUUCUUGGCAUCUCUGACGGAUUGGUGGCGAGUUUGGGAUGUAUACAACCGGCGUUCGGAAGUCACUCAUCAGAAACUCCAUAAACAGCACGGCGAUGUGGUUAGGUUGGGGCCUAACGUGCUGUCAUUUUCCGAUCCCAAGGCCGUCAAGGCCAUUUAUGGACUGAACAAGAACAUGGUCAAGUCCGACUUUUACAUCGUCCAACAAUCUGUCAGCAAUGGCCGCCGCCUUCCAUCCCUCUUCAGCACCGUGGACGAGUCAUUUCACGCCAAAUUCCGACGCUGCGUCAACGCCGCCUUUGCCAUGUCUUCCUUGGUACAGUAUGAGCCUUUUGUCGAUAACACGACCAAGCUCUUCCUCCGUCAGACCCAACGUCUGUACGCUGAUAAGCCCGCCGGCGAAGACGAAGGCUGCGAUUUCGGCCGCUGGAUGCAAUUUUAUGCCUUUGACGUGAUUGGCGAAAUCACCUACAGCAAGCGCCACGGCUUCAUUGAGAAGAACGAGGAUAUCGACGGCAUCGUGGCGUACCUGUCCGAUAUGUUCCUCUACGUUGCUCCAGUCGGUCAGAUGCCGUUCCUCGACUUGGUCUUCCGCAAGAACCCCAUCUACCUCAAGUUGUCGCAGUGGGGAUUUUUCGACUUGACCUUUCCCGCGGCCAAAUUCGCCCGCGACCGCAUGGCAGAGCGUCUACCGGCAGGAGGCAGCAUGAACGGCGGGUUCGGCGCCGGAGCUGAUGAAAAGCCCGCAGCUGACCCACACCCGUCGAUAAAAACCCCCGACCUGCUGUCGAAAUUUCUCGCUGCGCAAAAGGCGAGACCCGAUUUCAUGAACGACACUCUGGUUCAGACCAUGGCGGUGUCGAUGACGAUAGCCGGCUCCGAAACGACCGCCAUCAGCCUAAGCGCCCUCUUCUACAACCUUCUCAGGAACCCAUCCACCAUGGCCAAGCUGAGGCGCGAGAUUGACGAUGCGUCGCGCAGGGGUGAGUUUGAAGACGGCGAGACGGGCUUGGUGACGUGGCACGAGAGCCAGCGCCUUCCAUACUUGGACGCCUGCAUCAAGGAGGCCUUCCGGGUGCAUCCUGCCGCAGGUCUGCCGCUGGAGAGGAUAGUUCCCAAGGGUGGGAUGGAGAUUGCGGGGCAUUUUGUGCCUGGCGGAACGAUUGUGGGUGUUUCGGCUUGGCUUAUCCAUAACAACAAGGAUAUUUUUGGCCACGAUGUCGAUGUUUACCGGCCGGAGAGGUGGCUGGUCGAUGAGGAGUUGGUCAAGGCUGCCGGGCCAGCUGGGGAUGAAGUUCGGGCGCGUGAGGAGCAACGCAUCAAGGAGAUGUCAGGCAUGAUGAUGCAGUUUGGGAUGGGGUCAAGGACUUGCAUCGGCAAGAAUAUCAGCUUGUUGGAGAUUUACAAGGUGGUGCCAAGCUUGCUGAGGCGGUUUGAGAUCGAGUUCAAAGAUCCAGAGCAAGAAUGGGAGCUGGUAAAUGCUUGGUUCAUUAGGCAAAAUAACUUCUGGGUAAAGUUCAAGACGAGAGAGCUAGUGCAGCCGGAUGACAAGAGCGGUGCGUUUGUUGCAGAUUCUGUAGUCGAGGCUGCUGCUUGA